CUUGACCGCCAUUUAUGUGGCCAUACGUAACUGUGAGAACCCUGCAAAGCUGGAUUAUUAUGAAGAUGAAGAAGAGGCAAGGGAGGGAAUUGAAAUUUGGCACAGCCACCAGAAGCAAGCACUGGACAGUUCAGAGGACGAAUUUGAGAGAGGAGUGCGUGCCAGACAGAGGUCUCGCUACCUGCGCUUCUCCCGACCACCCCAAGAAAAGCGAUUGCAGGAGUCACGUAAAAGGAUAAUGAAAGAGAAAAAGCUGCUGGCUUUCUUAGGGAAUUCACCAUGUUUGUAGCCAUGUUCACGCUGGUGUGUGUCAUGGCAUACGGCAAGGACCUCUCUUCCCAUUACUUACUGAAUUCCUCUCUGGAAGCCUUGUUUCUCAAAACUCGGCCGCAAGCAUUCCAUACGAUUACCUCUAUAAAAGAUUGGUACCAGUGGGCCCAAGGGUCUUUACUAGAAGGGCUGUAUGGCACCUAUUCAUCACCUGGACUUGCCAACAAGGGUGGAUUAGAUUACAGCUACUUCCUCAUUGGCCAGCCACACAUUCGUCAGUUGCGAGAACAACCUCUGCCUUGUCGCUCUGUGCCAUAUCUGCCAGACUAUGCAUUGUGUCAUCCCAGACACAAGCAGCUCCAUGCCAGCAAAGAUACUCACCAGUGGUCACCAGCUCCCCCUGGAGGUAGUCUGACAUGGGGACAUCUUGGAGUAUAUGAGGCAGGAGGGUAUUCAGUCCACUUCAACCAUUCCAGCAAAGAAGAGGCUCAUGCUCACUUAAAGAAUCUUGCUUCAAAUGGUUGGCUGGAUGAGAGGACACGGGCUGUAGUGGUGGAGCUGACAGUGCUUAAUGUACCACUCAAUCUCUUCAGCUCUGUGGUGUUUCUGCUUGAAUUACCAGUCACUGGGAGUGCGUCCCUUCCUUCAAGAUUAUGUCCACCUGUUUGUUCCGUUACAUUACAGCUUGGGACAACUGUGUGUUAGCAUGCGAGCUGCUGUUCAUACUGGUGGCACUGGUUUGCCUGCAAAGACAACUAGCAGCCAUUGUGGAGCAGGGGCGCCAGUAUUUCCUGUGGCCAUGGAACUACACACAUAUGGCGCUUUGCUUGGUUUCCAUGACAUUUGUGGCCUGCUACAUAUACCGGUUUUUGCUGGUGUCAGAUAUGCUGGAAUACAUGCGAAGUUCAUUCUUUGAGCACUUUGUGUCACUUGCCUUCAUUACGAUGUGGGAUGAGUUGAUGCGGUCCCUGGUGGGAAUGCUAGUGUUUCUGGUGGUAAUAACGAAGGGAUUGUGCCUGAUGCAGUACUGGUCACCAAUGGCCAAGUUUACAGCAGUGUACAGACGAGUGCGACGAGAAGUUCUUCUUAUGUGUUUGCUUUUUUUUGGCAUAGUCAUGGCAUUCUCUGCCCUUGGCACUGCUGUCUUUGGAGCCUUCACUUACGGCAUGCGCAGUUUCUGGUCUGCUUCCUGCACAGUGGUUGCCUUGGCAACAGGCUUCUACCAGCAACAGGAGCUUCCCCUUGAAAUAUCCAUGUGGUACUCCGUGUUUUCACUGAUUCUUCUCUCUCAUUGGAAGUGGACUGAUCAUAUCAUAUGCAGUGGCUGUGUUUACACAUCGACUUCGUGUGUACAAGAGCACUGAGGUUGUUGUAAUUAGCUGUAAGGAUCUGACUGACUACUGCCGGCAGUGGAUGACCUUUUUAUUCAGUGACAGACUGGUGAUUCCUGUUCAUGAACCCCAGGUUGAUCUGCCACCAGAGUGCACACUGGCAGAGUUUGAAUACCAGGUUGAGGAGUUGUUGUUCCGUAUGAAUGCACUGGCUGGUACCACUAACCUGCCAGAGAAACCUACAGGAUACCUGACUGACUCUGACCAGUCACAUGCCAAUGGAGAUGAUGGUAUUUCUUCAGGAGAGUCAGAGGUGAAAUCUCUCUCCAGUUUAUUGCAGGGCAUGCCUAGUACGGUACAGGAACACAGUGCUGCAGCCAUAGGAGAACAGGGAUGUGAAACAGGGGUGGCUGGAGAGGAACGUGGUCGGCUAGAACAACGGGUGCAGAAGAUUGAAGACAAACUGUACGCUCAUGAGCCAUACCUUGCUCAGCUGCUGAAGCUCGACAGCAUUGGAGCCCAUGUUCUGUCCCAGGAGAAGGAGAAAGCAGCUUAGAUCCCACCUGGAGUUGGAGAUAUUCCGGCGUCUACAAAUGGGACGCCAAGAAACGGAUGGUGGUGCACCUGGAGGAGAUACUCUCUCCCUGUCAAACACAGUGCCCACUGCACUGACUUCUCUUCCUUUAGUGGCAACAGAUCUUGUUGCAGAAAUGACAUCGAAAGGUCAUGGUAACUCUGUGAAACCAAAUAGUCCAACUUGCCCCCUGCAGCAUCCUAUAAGACUGCCUCCAAAUCUACACAAUGAGGGAAGGUCAGGACUGCCUGGGGCUUUAUGCACACAACACAGAAUGCCAUUCGACAGAGAAAGCAGGCUUCAAGAAAUGAAUGCAGAUGAGAGCAGGACUCGCAUCUGCCUUGAAGCAGAACCUAGACAUGCUGAGUCCAAAAUGCACACACAUGCGGAUGGCACCGCUCCAUCACUGCACCAUGGUGGUGCUGACAGUCUUGCAAUGUGGGAGGCUCUUGGUGGGCGUGCAGUGCCCACUGUUGCUAUGGACUACGAUGUGAAAUGCAAGACAGGGCGACCGGGCUCCUGUCAUCAGCGCAGCAAGAGCAGCAUCGUUGGCGGACGAUUCAGCGCUACUCCAUGGACUGAUGCAGUCCACAUUUCUGGUGCAGAACACAUGUCAAAAGCCCACUCUGCUGACACACCAAGCACAGGAGUUGAGAGGGCUGGAAGUCUGCGAGUGGCAAGCAGGCCGCGCUACCCAGAUUCAGCAUCAGCCGUGGCAGACAAGACAGACUUGCAGAGCGGAGUUAGGAAACAUCCACCAGAUCUUACAUAUCCUGUAGGGAGGGCAGAUAGUUUGCGGGAGGCAAGCAGAAAGCAUGGGGAACCCUCGUGUGUGGGUGUUGAAAGAGCAGACAGUUUGAGGUUAUCGGGCAAGAGGCAUGUAACAGAUGUAGCAGGCUUUGGUGUGGAACGAGCAGACAGUCUUAGACUGACAGGAAAGAAGCCAGAGCUGCCCCCGAAGCCCACAUUUGCCCAGUCAAAGCUUCCUUCCCUAGAUAACAAGCACAGUCCUAAGGCCACCCCACUAAAGCUGCCUGUGGAAAGAGCUUUGCACAGAGGAGAAGCAUCCUGCAGCCUGCCUCUAGGACCAGGGGGAGUGCUUUGUGGGAGUGGCCCACUGGGUGAGUCCAGUUCAGGCUCUGAGCCUGAUGCGGGGCAUCUGCCGGCUGGACUGGCGUCAGCUGUUGGUGGGCGUCGACCACAAGUUCAGGGGCGAAGAAAUCUAAGGAAGACAAAGUCAAGGGGCAAAGGCAAAGGUUCUGGUACUAUCAGUCCAACGUUGAUGCUGGAUGAACUGUCGCUUGCUGUUCCAGAGCCUUUGCCUGGGGAAGAGUUAUCUGUAUCUGUUCAGAUUCACCAUCCUCCUUCGGGCCACAAAGACAUUGCAGAUGAUGCCAUGUGAUCAGGCUGACAACUUUCUGAAGGGUGGUUAUAGGGGUACAUGUGUGCCCUCUGUAUCAUUGACAUAUCUGCAAUUGAGAAGCUAACCAAUCAUAAACACAAAAACAGCAUAAUGGAGGAAUACAGCUGAAAGAGAUUUUGACUGUCAAGUCAAUUCACUUUGAAGAAUUUAUGAAGUUGACAAUCGAUGCAAUUUUUAGUGACUUUUUUGUUGUUGUUAAAUAUUUAGCUUAUUUUUGAAGUCAUAGAUAUGUUUGUGCUCAGAACAGCCUUACAGGUAUAUAUACUUAAUUUAAUUGAGGGCCUUAUGUCCCGUGAUGAGAGGAGCUCUCUGCUAUUGACUGCUGAUACAAAGCAUCAGCACUUGAUGCACAAGGUCUCCUCUGUCGUCUAUUGCUCACUAACAAACUACUCAAAUACCUACCUGUUGUGCCAAAGCAUAUUUAAAUGCUUUAUGUUAACCUGUAUGGUGCUAAUGUUCAUAAUUUUAUGUCUUUUCUUUGUAUUAAAUGUUAUCAUAAGAUUCAAAAUUCUUGAAUACGAGUGCUUUAAAAAUGUCUAGUUAUUACACUUAAUGGUGUGUGUUGUUAGAGACUGCCUAGUCAAUGGUGGGAACAAAAGUCUUUUGCAGAUUUAUGAGGAUUGAAAGGAAGAACAAUGUGGUCAGACUAUAUCUUGUAAUAGACUUGUCUGUAAGAGGAAUGUCUGCAUCACACCUGUGUAUAUGUGUGUGACUUUGUGGGUGUUUUUGAUAACAAAAUGUUUAUAGAUGUAACGGAAUGGUGGGGUUAUGGAGUGUCAGCAAACUUUGUCCAGCACAGUCAAAUGGACGCAGGAAAUAGCCAGCAAGUGUACAACAUUUUAAUGAACUGGCUGGAGCAAUUGCCAGCAUUGUGUCGCCAGAGGCAGUAAAGGCUGGGGCUGUCUUUUCACAGCUUCGUGUGUUGCUCUUUUGUCUGCUGCAUGUCUGUUCAUCCCAUUCCGUCUCAGCUCUGCCCUUAUACACCCUGCAAGGCUAAACUUUUUGUGAUGCUCCUGUACGGCCACAGCAUAAACCCUAGCCAAUCCCUGCCCAGCAACCUUUUUAGCUGUGCUCCAGCAGGUCUGUGUUUCGAGCACCAAAACUAACAAUAAGGCCAGCCUACCAGCCAAAUACCCAUCACUGUGGCUUCUGUUAUAACUGCCUACCCUAGUGAUACGAUCAUUUUUAUGUUUCUGCUAAUUUCAUGCUCAGUUUUAUGCUCACUUUAUGAAGAAUGAAAUGUGAUCCAUUAAACUGCCCUGGCUGGCAGUUGUGUUUGAAAACUGCGUUGCUAAGCCAAGAGGAAUCAGAGCUGGGUUUUAUGCGAUACCUUGUCAUACUUGAUGUUCAGCUCAAGUUUGCAGCUUGUGUGCUUGUCACCAGUCUUGAGUGGCAAGCCAAUUAAUAAUAAUAAACAUGGUUGUAUAUAAUAGUGCAUGCUGUCACUCGUAAGGAGAGUGCUCUUAGCAUUUGAGAGAAGAAUGAAGCAGACAACAUAAGAAGGAACAAUAAACAAUACCAAUGACUAAUAAACGACAAAGGAACCGAGGGCAUCCUCAUUCAGCAGGGCAAAGGAAGUGGGGGGGGGGGUGUUUUUCCAAAGGACUAGCAUUGUGGAGCUGUGCUCCAACCAAAGUUAAGCUGCAUCUGAGAACUGACAAAGUGUUAUAUUCAAGACUUCACAUGAAACCCAGUCCUGAGUCCCAGCUUGAAAGUUAUUUGCAGAUGUUGAGCAUCCUGCCCACCUUACCUAGAAAAUGUAUGCAAAUUGUUUUAUGUCCAAUAUGGAAAUGUUCAUUGAGCCUUUGUUGGCUGCAGACCUUGUCAAACAAAGGGGACAUCAGCAAAGCUUGUCUUCUGCAAGGGCUUUCAUUGUCACUGCAUAUUUCAGUAAUAAAGAUGAAUUUCAUCUUGA